AUGUCGUCCAACACCAACGAUUCACAGUUUCUCGUGGACAAAGUUGAGUAUUCACCCAAAGCUUUUUAUGACAGCUUCAGUAAUCACUUGCCCAGGUUAGUGCAGGUUACGCGAGGUUAUUAUGGCGAGGAGCAAGUGGAAACUUAUGAAAGAGGACAGAAACUGUUCAUCCGAAGGUUCGGUUCCCAAGAGAGGAUAGUGGCUACGGUGCUGAAGGGACCCCGAUCUCUGACUCAAAAAAAGAUCAGCAUACCAGUAGACUAUAACGCUACCUUCUGUCUAUUUUCCAACAAGAAAGGUGGGACAUGUAAGAAAUACAAAUUGCACAGAGUACUGUCUAAGAAUAACGAUAAACUGCCCAUUGACGUCCUUUUUAUUCCGGAUAUGUCACCAGAACUUACUGGAUCUAAUUGGUUGACGAGCACCACGGAACAACUGGUCCUGCGUCUAACUCGACGAUAUCGGGAUACUUUUCUGCUUGGCCAUGAUUUAAGAGGAGAUAGAGUAACGUCCAUAAUCCAGAAGCUCCCCCUGUACCUUACAGAAAUGAGGAUAUCGUUGGUGGUGGGGAGAACGGGUUAUGAGAAACAGGAAUGGGACAGUUAUAUCCACAACUUAAGUGAAAUUUGUGACACACAAAUAAAUUGCGACAGUUAUUUUGGAAACCCAGACAUAGCUCUUUAUGACAACGACUCAGAAGACUUCGAUGCAACUGUUCGAGUACCAAACGUAUAUUGUACGUUAUAUGACUGCCUUAGUGAAACCAAUGUGUACCAAACUCUUCACGGCUUAAAACCCGAUUCCAGUCGAACUGAGGAAAAAUGCGACACCUAUGAUGUUAUAUCUAACUGUGUCAGAGAAAAGGUACCACCAGUAAUACCACCCAAACCUAACAUAAAGAAACCUUUGCCAAGUUCAAAAGAGCAAACUGCUCAAAAAACAGUUGCAAACGUCUCAAAUGAAGAUGACGUCAAACCAUUUGUUCCUCAACGAAGCGACACAGCAAGCAAGGGAAAAGUGAAACGACAUACUUCUACUUCGACGAAAGUUAAAAGCACCACCCACCUUCAUGACGUCAUUGAAGAAGAGGUUGGAACCACUCCGAAAUCAGAAGAAACUACAACUCCAAAAUUACCUCCUAGAGGUGGUGACGGUAUAGGAAACAAUGUCCGAAGCAAUCUUUGUGUAGAAAAUGCAAGAAAAAAUGUGAAUGAGAUGGACAUUAAAGAAGUAGGCGAUAUGUUAAAGAAAUUAGGACUUGAAAAAUACGUUCCCAUAUUUAAGGAAAAGUGGAUAGAUGGUGCAAUAUUGAGUGAACUUAGUAUAGAUAUUUUACAUAAGGAAUGCAGUAUGAGCAAAAUUGAAGCUGUAAGACUAAUGUCAUAUGUGCAGAAAGGUCAUGUACCAAGGUAGAAAUGUAACGAACGUAUUUUGUUUAUACAGAAAAGCUAAUAUUUAAAAUCUGCUCUAGGAAAAAUUUGUAUAAAAUAUGUUUGUUCCAUAAAUAAGGCAAAAUUGGAAUACUAUGAUCACUUAAUGUACAAUUUUGGAAAACAACUGGUUCUUCCUGGUAAUUAUUACAUUAGGAAAUGAGAACGAGUCAAACACAUUAUUAAGUGCAGUUCCGAAAGUUCCUGUAUAUGUUAACAUUCAUCCCCUUAACUUUUCAUGUUUAGUCAUAUAUUCCAUUUUUUCUUAUUUCCCAUUCUACUGUGGGAUUCUCGUCAUAUAAAUUAAUCAAAGUUACUUUUAAUAAAUCACUUUGUGA